UCAUUCUGACACAAUAAAAUAUACACCAAAGUUAUAAGUUUUACUGACUUCUAUUAAUAUAAUCAGCUGAUGGAGCAUACAGUUUCCAAUGAGAGUUCUGUUUCUCUAAUAGAAAGUGAACCAGGAUCAAAUUUCCACACCCACAACUACAACACUCGUCUCUCAUCAAAAUUUAAAAAAUUAUAUGUAAACUUAAGUAAUAGCCGAUUAAAAAUAUCAAACAUACAAGAAAAUAGAAACGAAAGGAAACGAACAGAAUAUAACGGUAGCAUACAAAUAGUCAAGCAUCAGUCCAACAGAAGGAGUAGUACUGCUAGCCACGAUAGUCAGGAUAGCAGAGAAUUUGAUUUCGAAGAUUACAAAACGCCAAAAUUGGAAUAUUCAGAAACCCUGUUGAUGGAUGAUAGGGGAAGAUAUUGUAGUACCCCUAGACCACAAAAUGUUUGGUUGAAAUACUUUUAUGGGCUCUGUUUUGUUGGAAUUCUCUACAUUUAUAUCCAAGUCAUCCACAAUGGAGAAUUAAUAAGAAAAAUCCAAAGUGAAGUGAAUGACUUGAAGCAUGACAUACAUUAUGAAGCAGACUCGGAUGGCAAAUUUUACAGAAUGGAGAAUAUUUUGAAGAACAUGAAACGUGAGCAAGAAUCGACCCGAGCGAGCAUUAAAAACAUUAUAAAUCAAGAACUAACAAAAUUCAGCUCCGACAAAACUGGAAGAACUGACUUUGCACUGGAAGCCUCUGGGGGUAAGAUUAUCAAUUUAUCAUCCGAUACGGAAAACUUUGAUUACGCCAAAACUCUUUUUGGAAUAACUUUGUGUGAGGGGAUGCAUGGCCCAAGAGCUAUGUUACAGGCUGAUAUGUCCCCUGGUCACUGUUGGGCAUUGAAAGGUUCUUCUGGAGGGGCAAUCGUCAAGUUGAUAGGAAAAGUGAAAAUCAACGCUAGAAAGCCUUUCAGGCUAUAUGUUCAUAGAAAUGCGCACUAA